AUGGACGGACCAGAUCAGAUUGGACCCGAUACGCGGCCAAAGCAGAGCUGGGGAGACAGGGGCCGCCGCAUUGCCAAAGCACUCACCACGAGGGAUGGACUCAUUGGGAAUUACGACUAUGCCUUUCUCUUCAAGCCGAAUCUUCCAUUCAUGAAGAAAGAGCGCAGAGCAGCGCCGUUCUUCGGACUGCACGAUAAGAUGCCACUCUUUCUCGCCCUACUCCUCGGUUUCCAGCACGCGUUGUCCAUGUUGGCGGGUGUUAUUACACCUCCCAUCAUCCUUUCCGGCUCGGCUGGCGCAAAUCUAGGCACAGACGUAUCCCAGUACCUGGUGUCGACCUCCUUGAUUGUCUGCGGUAUCCUAUCUUCCAUCCAAAUCACCCGGUUCCACAUCUAUAAGACCCCCUACUACGUCGGAACCGGCCUCAUUAGCGUCGUCGGCACCUCCUUCGCAACAAUUCCCGUCGCGACCGGUGCGCUCACCCAGAUGUACCAAACAGGCUUCUGCCCCUCCGACGCAGACGGCAACCCUCUCCCCUGCCCGGACGGCUACGGCGCCAUCCUCGGCACAGCCUGCUGCUGCGCCCUCUUCGAAGUCCUCAUGUCCUUCACCUCCCCGAAGUACCUCAAGAAAUUCUUUCCCCCGCUCGUCACCGGCCCCACCGUCAUGCUGAUCGGGAUCAAGCUGAUCGCAUCCGGCUUCUCCAACUGGGCCGGCGGCAGCGGGAACUGUUCCGCACGCCCUGCAACGGGCAUUUUCCGGCUGUGCCCGACCAUCAACGCGCCACGCCCUCUCCCCUGGGGCAGCGCGGAGUUCAUCGGCCUAGGCUUCCUCGUCUUCCUCACCAUCAUCCUGUGCGAGCGCUUCGGAAGCCCGAUCAUGAAAUCGUGCGCUGUUGUCGUCGGGCUCCUCGUCGGCUGCAUCGUCGCAGGCGCAUGCGGCUACUUCGACGACACGGGCAUCCGCAACGCGCGGCCUGUCAGCUUCAUCUGGGUCGAGACGUUCCGGCUCUCUGUGUAUGGCCCCAUUGUUCUCCCGCUGCUGGCCGUCUACAUCGUGCUGGCCAUGGAGGCGAUUGGGGAUAUCACGGCGACCUGCGAUGUCUCGCGCCUCGAGGUCGACGGCGCGCUCUUCGACUCCCGCAUCCAGGGCGGCGUCCUGGCGGACGGCCUGAACGGAAUCUUCGCAGGCCUCGCGACUAUCACGCCCAUGAGCACAUUCGCGCAGAACAACGGCGUUAUUGCGCUGACGAGAUGCGCGAACCGCAAGGCGGGGUAUGCGUGCUGCUUUUGGCUCAUCGUUAUGGGCAUCUUCUCGAAGUUCGCUGCGGCUCUUGUCGCGAUUCCCAGCGCGGUGUUGGGCGGAAUGACGACGUUUUUGUUCUCGGCUGUUGCUGUGUCCGGUAUCCGCAUCAUCUCGACUGUGCCGUUUACAAGGCGUAAUCGGUUCAUCUUGACCGCGGGUUUGGCGAUCGGGUAUGGUGCCACUUUGGUCCCGACCUGGUUCUCCUACGCCUUCACCUACGAAGGCGACAACCGCGCCCUCCUCGGCUUCUUCAACGCCAUCGAGCUGGUCAUGGAGACCGGGUUCGCGGUGACGGCCUUCCUAACGCUUAUCCUCAACCUUGUGCUUGAGGAGGAGGUCGCGGAUGAGGAGACGCCCGAGCUCACGGCGAAUGAUGUCGACAAUCCUAAGGAUCGCGAGGAGUGGGAUCGUAUCAAGGGCAAGGAGGAUCUGGAGCAUAGGGCGAGUUCCAGCGAGGGGGAGAUCGGGGUGCAGAAGGCGCAAUAG